AUGUACUCGGCUCCCUAUGGCUUUGCCAACGCUGCGCCGGGGCCAGGUUUCAAUGGCGCUGGUGCCCCACCUCCACAAAAUCCUCAUAUGCAGCCCGGUCCUAUGCCAAACCAGCCGCAACCGAUGAUGUACAACCCACAGCAGUUCCCAAUGGGCGCCCAAGGUCCCUUCCCCGGCGGUCCUAACAUGAUGCCCGGCGCUGGCCCUGGAGGCAUGCCGCAGAACGCCAUGCCGCACAUGGGCGCCAAUGGUCAAAUGUCGUAUCAAACGCCAUAUGCUGGCUCUCCCUACGGACCGGGCAUACCAGUGUCUGGAGGCGGGCAGCCGCAAAUGCCGCCCAACUUCAACAUGAUGGCUAAUGCCAUGCCCGGAUACGGGAUGAACCCAGCAGCCAUGACGCCCCAGCAACAACAGCAGCAGCAACAGCAGCAGCAGCAGCAGCAGCAACAACAACAACAACAGCAGCAGCAGCAACAACAGAUGAUGCAACAGCGCAUGCAUCAAACUCAACAAAAUGCCGGCAACAUGAAUGUUUCGACACCCCAGAGGCAAUUUAGCGGCAACCAAGGCACACCCAACAAUGCCAUGGCAUCACAACCCCAGCAAUUCCCCACGCCUCAAAACCCCCAAGGCACUCCGCAGAACCAGACUCCGACCAGCGCGCCCCCUCCCAACCCCAAUGUAUCAACACCUCAGACACCAACGUUCCCUUCCAAUGGGCCCGGGCCGGCUGUCAAUGGAGCAUCAUCUACUGCGACUCCCCUGAGCCCUGGGAGCGAGUCGAAGGAGAAGGAGUCGUUUGCUAUCCUCUUGGAGAUCAACCAGGAGCUCUUGUACGAGUCGAUACAAUUACAAACGACGCAACAGGAGUUGAAGAAGGAGCACGCGGCGGCAAGUCCUGCGGAAGGGAACACCCCAGACCAAAGCAAGAAGCCCUCGGACGAAGAGAAGACGGUUCAGCAGGACUACGUGCAGUGCAUGAGACGGCUCCAGUUUAACCUCUCAUACCUUGCCAGUCUUGCGGACCGCAAGGGCUCUGUACCCGUACCCAAAGGACCAGCUUAUUUGACUCCGCCACCCCUGAACCUCUCCAUCAAGAUGAAGAACCAAGUCCCAGGGGCACCCGACUCCGGAGACUCGAAACCGGAUCCUAACGUGGAUCGCGAGGAGAGGAUCAAGUACUUGGCAAGUCUGUAUAAGAAGCUGCAAGCCCUGUACCCCGACGUCGACCCUAAGAAGGAGCCUGCGUUCCCUAUUCCCGCCCAGGGGACAGGUAAUGCGCAACACGGCCAAAAAGCGGCGGGUAACCAAGCCAGCCCUGCGGCGGGGGGUCAAAAGGCGCCGCAGACGACCACGGCGGCGCCUGCCCAACCCGCGGCGGUUGUUUCGUCAUGA